CGCAGCCGCUCUGUGAUUGGCUGCGGGAGGCGGAUCCCGCAGGUGAUCCUCCGCUCAUAGAGGCGCGGGGCGGAGAGAAGGUGAUCAAUCUCCAUCCGUCUCCAUUAGAAAUCACCUUUAACAGCCUGACAGACGACGACGAGCCCCCCUGAAAAAAGCAAAUGAGUUUGAUUUGUGCGGCCGUAAAAACGCCCGGAACCGCGGCGAGGACGCGCUGAGCCCGUCUGCGCCUCCUUAAAAAAAAAAAAAAAAAAUAUAUAUAUAUAUAUAUAUAUAUAUAUAUAUAUACAUAUAUCCCGUGAUGCCGCUGGCUUUGCGCACUGUUUGGUUUUGAGCAAGUCUUCGGCAGGUUUCCUCCUACUGGAUAAUUUUACUCGCCUCUUGCGGUCCGAGGGCUCGGGAGGAAAGAAGGAAGGAAGGAAGGAGUAAAACAAGCUGCAGCAUCGGGGGAAGCUGAACCACUGGCCUGAGCUGGGUGGAGCAGUGACCGCCUGUAGCAUGAUGUCCUACCUCAAACAGCCCCCCUAUGGGGUCAACGGCCUGGGGCUGAGCGGCGCUGCCAUGGACCUGCUGCACCCCUCGGUGGGGUACCCAGCGACUCCCAGGAAGCAGCGGAGGGAGCGGACCACCUUCACCCGCUCGCAGCUGGACGUCCUGGAGGCUCUGUUCGCCAAAACCCGGUACCCGGACAUCUUCAUGCGGGAGGAGGUGGCGCUGAAGAUCAACCUGCCGGAGUCCCGAGUUCAGGUGUGGUUCAAGAACAGGAGGGCCAAGUGUCGCCAGCAGCAGCAGAGCGGCAGCAGCGCCAAAGCCAGGCCGCCCAAGAAGAAGUCCUCUCCGGCCCGGGAGAGCACCGGCUCGGAGAGCAGCGGUCAGUUCACUCCUCCCGCCGUGUCCAGCGCCGGCUCUUCCUCCUCCUCCACCUCGUCCACCAACCACACGGGGCCCGCCGCGCUCAGCAGCACCUCUACCUCCAUCAGCACCGUCUCCUCCAUCUGGAGCCCCGCCAUCUCUCCGGGAAACGCCCCCGCGCCUGCCGUCGCCCCGCUUCCCGAGCCGGGACCCCCGUCCAACGCCUCCUGCAUGCAGCGGUCCGUGUCGGGCUCGGCCGCCGCCGCCACCUCCUACCCCAUGUCCUACAACCAGACGCCGGGCUACGGCCAGGGCUACCCGGGCCCCUCCAGCUCCUACUUCAGCAGCGUAGACUGUGGCUCCUACCUGGCGCCCAUGCACUCCCACCACCACCCCCACCAGCUGAGCCCCAUGACGGCCUCCUCCAUGUCCGGCCACCCGCACCACCACAUCAGCCAGUCAUCGGGGCACCACCACCACCACCACCAGGCCUACGGCGGCUCCGGCCUGGCCUUCAACUCCUCCGACUGCCUGGAUUACAAAGAGCAGACGGCGGCCUCGUCGUGGAAACUCAACUUUAAUGCCACGGACUGCUUGGACUACAAAGACCAGGCCUCCUGGAGGUUCCAGGUCUUGUGAUUCAGCUUUUUAACUUUUUUUUUUUUUUUUUUGUUGUUGUUUUUCUUCUUGGCUUCUUUUCCUGCUGCCCCCUCUUCUAUUAGUUUGUUGCUUGUUAUUAAAAACAAAGAGUUUAUGAACCAUAACGACAUGCUCAGCAGUCGAACUGCUCUUCUCCCCACUUGUCCUCCGUAUUAUAGAGAAAAAAAAGAAGAAAAAAAUUACAAAAAAAAAAAAAUCCUGUUGAGCAUCAGGAGCAGCUUUGAGGCGAUUUCUAAAAAUGUGGAGGAGCUUAAAUUGUUCUACAAAACACGACUCGGACAAACUCCUUCGACCACCAGCCCUCUGGACGGGAGGAAUAUUUUCCCCUCCGUUGCACUGACGGGGAAACAAACUGCCCUCCUGCCCCUUUCACCUCCAACCCCUAUCAGAUUCUGUACAGUUUUUAUUUCUCAAAAUUUGUUAUUUUAGGACAACAGAGAUUUUUAGUCAGCUGCAUCACGGAGCUGAAAUAUGUAAAUACUAUUUGGGUCAGUUACAGUGACCAUGUUUAGUUUUUUUUUUUGUUUGUUUUUCUUUCUUUCUUUUUCUUUUUCUGAAUUUAAAAUUGUUUAUAACAACUUUGGGAGGAAAAAAAAAAAAAAAAAACCCACGCUAUGUAAAUCUUUCUAAAUAUUCCAAAGAUGACAAAUUGGCCAUGAAGUUGCGUUUUUUCACAUGGGGGUUUUAUUCAGAAAAAAAAAAACUUAAAACUUUUGGAUGUCUUGGAUUUAACAAAAAGGCGUCAGACCAAACGUUAUUCCAGCCUCUCCAUCUUCCAACCAGAUCUCCUCUCUUGAGCAUUGUGGUGACAGUGGACAUGUUUGAACCGCAGCACUUGGCUUAAUUGUGGGGUCAAAGUAUUUUUUUUUUUUUUUUGUGUUUUAUUUUAUUAUUAUUAUUAUUAUUAUUGGAGGGGGGAAAUGUGGAUUUAAUGCUCCAAUAAGAGAGUGAGAUGUUGAAUGUAUCUCAAAGGCAACCACACUUGCAUACAUGUUCAUCCAAUAAAGAUCCCUUAAGUCCAAAUUAAUUUUCCAUAAGUGGAUUCUGUCUCAGUUUGACUCCCGGCGGGGAGCUUUUUUUUUUUAUAAUUUAUUUAUUUAUUUUUAGAUGCUUGUACAUCCGAAAAUUACAAAAAUCCACACUGCUGUUUUCUCUCAUUUGAACUAGUCACACUUUUAUUUAAAGGCCUGUUUAUUUUGUUUCUCUCUAAUUACAGCGGGGUAAAUGCAAAUUAGUGCGUAAUUAAAACAAGCCUUGAACGCAUGUAGGGCCCCGCAUUUCCAUUUUAGAGAGCGGAUGUUUAAUCCUCUCUGCCCGCCUUAAAUUGAAACACCAACGUCUCUCCUUGCUUUGGGGAGGCUAAGGGUAUUUAUUUAUUUUUAUUUUGACUCUGCCGUUUAAAAGAAGAAGAAGAAAAAAGGAGGAAGCCGGAAGACAUUUGAUCGAGGCGUAAUUGAAUGCAGCGCAGUAAUUGCGUGAUAAUUACUCCUGGUUUCUCCAAAAUAACCCGCAGGAAUCUCGGGGCCUCUGAUGCGGUAAUUGCGGAGGUGGGGCCAGGUUAAGGGGGGGUCGCAUGUAAGAAGUGUGUUUGAUGCGUUUAUUCUCACAGGCAACAGAAAGACGGCGAGCGGUAACCAAAAUAAUAAUAAUAAUAAUAAUAAUGAUGAGGAUGAUGAUGAUAAUGGCGGCAGGAGGCCGCAGACAGCGGAAGAACCUGUUAACUCAUGGGCGUAUUAACAAAACAACUUUUUUUUCUCUCCUCAAACUUCUUCUCUUGCUUUUUUUUUUUUUAUUUAUUUUUUGUCAAAUAUGUUUAUAAAGCAUAUUUGACUAAAUAUGCUUUAUAAAGUUCAAAUUAACUGAAGAUCCAUCCAUCCAUCCAUCCAUCCAUUUGCUUCCGCUUAUCCGGGCUCGGGUCGCGGGGGUAGCAGCUUCAGAAGGUGAAGAUAUUAAUUUUUAAGGUUAUGUUUUUGUAACGAUUAUAACACACACACAAAAAAUGGUGAAAUGAUCUUAACUUCUAGCUAAAUGACGCCUUUUCAAAACGCUUCAAACUAAACUGAAAGGUGACGAGGAAGAGUUUGCGUCAUUUUUAAAGGCCAAGGAGCUGAAAAAGAAGGAACGAGAAAAAAAAAAACCCCAAAACCUUUAAAUCUGAUCAGAUCAGCGGCCGGAUCGAUCCGGGCCUCUCCGCCUGCAGGGAGCGCGUCCAGCUGCUGCUCUCGCCUCUGUUUAUGUAGAUCAGAUUCGCGGCAGCUGAAUCAAUAUCGGCCGAACGGGGAACAUCAAAAACGUGUUUGCGUCAAGACGCGCAAACAAGCGCCGCGCAAUGUCCACCAACAGCGGCGGAUUUGUUCGGAUUUGCAUCAAACAAACAUUUGCGGAUCAAUCUUGCGCGACUCGUUUGAGGAGCUGCGAGGAGCCACAGGUUUUUCAUGAGGCAGCUGCGACCAAAAAAACCCCCCAAAACAAAACAUUUGUCUGCAUGUGCAAGAAAAAGAAAAAAGGGGAUCAGGGUCAGAAAGAGAAAAAGACGGAUUAACAGCUCGGUUGAGAGAAAAAAUAACCACUACGAGUGAAAUAUUUGAGAGAAUUAUUCUACAGAGUAAAGUAAAAAAAAAACAAAAACUUUUUUUUUCUAUUAUUUUGGGUGUUUUACGCGCAGGAUCCUUCCUUACAUCCGCACAUUUAAACCUGGUGCAGCAACUUUGGGGUUAAAGAAAAGACAAUUAUGGAGAUCUGUAAUAAUUACAAAUAAACUCCUGAGCAACUUUCCGUUUAAUAAAAUAGCAUCAAAAGUUAGGAUUUAGUCAAAAACUAACACUGACAUAAACAGAAAUGACAGAUUUGUUUUUAAAACAGCUUUAGUUUCAUAAUUUUGAUAAUUUUGCUUUGCAACUGUUAGAGGCAGAAAGUCAUCCUAAACUCUUAAUCAAAAUUUUAAAAGUUACUUUUUAUGUGUUGCUUUUUGGGAAAGUUGUGAAAAAAUGUUAGUGAUUAAAACAAAACAAAACAAGGGGGGGAGGAGAGUGCAAAUGUUUUCUUUUGUUGUUGUUGCCAUCAGAUAUUUUCCUUUCACUGCCUGAUUCAUCAGGUUUCACCACAAGAUGCUGAAAGCAGAAGUGGAAACGUCAGCCCCUCGUCUGAACUCUAAAACGCAAGAAGAGUGAGAACAAAAACCGUCUUUACAAAAGCCGCUCGGCUGACGCCGCCGUCCGCUCACAGCGUUUCUCACUUGGCUGCGGCUCUGCUCCUGGCAGCAGCAUCCAUGUUGUUUUAGGGCUUUGAGAGGGUUUAAGGUGAGGCUGCGUUGUCAACUCAGCGCGGCUCACGACCAGAGCUUUUGCCAGACUUACGUUAAUACAGAUUCUUCUUGCAGAGAGCUGGAACGUUAGCUGGUCCUGCUGUAUGUGAAUAGGAGGUUUAAACCGCAGCCGACUUCAAACUCCGUUCAGUGACCUCAUCGAUUGCUGCUGGCCUGUUGUUAACCAUUUAACCCUUUGGCCUCUCCUCCUCUGGAGAAGUUGUGGGCUGGAACCUGCUGACAUUUUGUUCACACUUUGACCAAAACAUGAACUGGAACCAGGCUGCGCUAUAUAUUUGCAUCAGUGCUUAUAUUUCUACAGAGAGGGAGAGAACGAAGACAAAGCCAAAUCAAUCCAUCGGUAUUUUGAGUUUUGCGAGAUCUCGAAGGUCUUGAUAGUGGUGGGUGUGCUGGGACCGUUUCCUUCCAUUUCCACGCUCAUCUUUCAUUGACUACAGCAGUGAGAAGCAAUGCAGAGGAUUAUAUUUACCUGAGAGGUUAAUCUGGGGUCAACUGUACAGCGACAUGGGUGUAGACCGGGCUGCCGUCUCUGGUUUCUCUGCUUGGUCCGACAAGGUUACCUACCUCUUUCCUCGAUGGAAGCACGUUUCUUUGGUUCUCUUUUGUGGUUUCUUUGCUGUACGUUUCAGAAAUCACAAGACCUCUGGAAUCCAAACUAAACCAAGAUGAGAAAAAAACAAAGCAAAGUCUAACAGCUGAAGUUUCCAAAAACCUCCAGGAGCAUUCAUAAAGUUCCUGGUGGGGUUGGUGCUCGCUACAUAUGACUGAGAAGAUGAAGAGUUGGAGUGUUUUUGUCAGUAGGGAGGACUUAAAGGACUCUGGUUACCUGAUCCUUAAGUGUGCUGGGAGAUCUGGUCCACUUGCACCAGAUAGACCGGUUGGACAAAACUGUACCUGAUAAAUGGUUUCCAAAUGGUGUGACAACUUCUGCAGCUUGAUUACCAUCGGGAAUUCUUCACCGUCGAAUUGUUGCAGGGAUUUGACAAGAAGUCUGAUUAAAAACAUUGUGGCCUAAAAGCUUUUGAUUGACGAUGGUGACCAAAAUAAAACAUGUUAACAUGGGCAUUUGAACACAAACUACAAAAGCAAAAAGCCAAUCAUGUUGUCUUGGUCAAUGUCACAAGUGUGGAAAGAAAAACAGCAUAGCUCUAGCAAUUUGUUGAGACAUACUUUAUCUGCCCUAUAACUUGAUGUUGAGCAAUUCCAACAGCUUUAGAGCAAAAAUGCAUCGGUUCUGAAGUUGGUAGUCACGGACAAAGUGCUCUGCAUAUUACAGAGGCUACUGUCCUUGCUAUGCUGCUUUGGGUGAACAAGAAUGAACUUCAAAUUGUCACAGAUUAGCCUGGUUUGAACUAGCCCGGUAAAAACUAGCCCCUUGUUUGACGUUUUGAUUCCUACAGAGGGUCUGGAUCCUCGGCUAUUGAGAAACAAUUGCUUCCUGGAGGCGUGGACUCUACUGAAGUUAAAAAUUUUAUCUAAUUGUUAAUGUUUACCCGCGAUUUACAUAAUGCGCCAGUUCGACGUUCGGAAAUUGCCUGUGCUGUAAUCAACCAUCAUCCAAUGUGAAAAGAGAUGUACAGAGCAAAACAAAAUGGCUGUUAAUUAAAUAUUCACAUCUUCUCCUUCUGUUCACUGACUGACCCGGAGAAAAUUCUACCAGAGCAAUCCAGCUCAAUGGGAGAAAGCUGACGGGAGAUGAGAAACAAACAAGAUAGGAAAGGCAACAAUCAGGCCAGAUUUGAACCAUAAACUAACUUUACGAAAAGACGCAACAUAUUUUCCUGCAGUUGCAGAGUAGCAGUGAAGCUAGCUAUUUCUCCCCAGUGCAUAUUUUGUAAGACAAAAAGCAAAGAUUGAGCUCUUUAGCAUUUUCAGUCAUUGUAUGCUAAUGUUUUAGCCACCUGUGAAUAAGAGGACACCAGUAUAGUCUUUAAAAAUGUAAUUAAAACGGUGAUAAACACA